GCGGGAUCCCGAGCCCCGCCGUCGCGGCCUGGGGUGGCUGGCUGGGCAGGGGGCCGGCCAUGGCGGAGCCCAGCCCCGAAGAUCCGCCUCCAAACCUCAAACCCGAAACGCAGCCUCCGGAGAAGAGGCGGCGGACUAUUGAGGAUUUCAACAAGUUUUGCAGUUUUGUCUUGGCCUAUGCCGGCUACAUCCCUUCCACGAAGGAGGAAAAUGACUGGACGCCCUCGGGCUCGAACUCUCCCAUCCGCCCGGAGAGCGUGGUGGACAGCGACGGCUGGGAAUCGACGCACUCGGACCUGCACACCAUCGAGACCUUUGUGAAGAAGGCCAAGUCCUCAAAAAAGAAAGCGGCUUUCCGCCGCCUCAAGUCCGACAGCUCGCUGCUGGAGAAAAUGAAACUCAAGGACUCCCUUUUUGACUUGGACCCUGUCGGCAAGCAGCCGCCGCAGCCGCCGCCACUGGCCGGGCCCAAGGGAGGCCUGGACAAGAAGAAGGACAGGCGGAACCGGAAGGCCACCUUGGAGGCCGGGGGAGCCAAGCGGAACCGGGGCGACCAGGUGGGGGAGAAGCGCUCGCGCAUCAAAAAGAGCAAGAAGCGGAAGUUGAAAAAGGCCGAGCGCGGCGAGAAGAAGCACAAAGCUUCCCUGAGCGAGACGGACUCUGAGGAGGAGGAGGCGGCAGCGGCAGCGGUGGCAGCCACGGCGCUGGUCUCCGUGCAGGCUCCCCCGGAGCUCAUGGCUGCCAGCUUCCCUAUUAAGCUGGAGGAGAGGGAAGGGAAAGGGGGCAUCAGCACCGAGACCAGCCAAGACGGAGAAGGCAGCUCCAGCGAAGGAGAGAUGAGAGUGAUGGACGAGGACAUCAUGGUGGAAUCAGGGGACGACUCGUGGGACCUCAUCACUUGUUACUGCCAGAAGCCAUUUGCUGGUCGGCCCAUGAUCGAGUGUAAUCAAUGCGGCACCUGGAUCCACCUCUCCUGCGCCAAGAUCAAGAAGACCAACGUUCCUGACAUUUUCUACUGUCAGAAGUGUAAAGAAGGUUCUCGGAAGCAGCCGCCCCCUCCAGCGGUUCCCGGUGCGACAGCGGCCGUUGGGUCCAGGGCAGGUGGGGAACCCUAGCGCAGCAGGGAGGAUGGCUCUGAGCUGGGCUCCCGUCCCAGAGGGGCAAAAGACUGGACAGAGUAGGCAGGCUGCUCUGGAUUGGUAUUCAAAACAAGCCUCGCUUCUUUGGAGGCAGAAGAGGUGCUCGGGGUAUUUGGGGUGGUGACAGUCCCAGCACCAGUGGGGCGAGGUCUGCCCCUACAGAAACCGGCAGAUUCUGGCUGGCAGUUGCAAGCCCCUCUCCCCCUUCCAGGCCUGAUCCUAAUCCACCUCCCAUGUUCUGUUAAGGAAUAGCAUUGGGAGGCUGAAACCGACAUGUGGGGAUAUGAAACUAACCAUCAGGCCGGUUCCUGUUUCAUGCGCUGGGAUGCAUACCGUUUGCAAGGGAGAGAGGGAUGGCGGAGGACAGCCUGGGGUAGGACGGUCUGCAUUUUUCGUGUGGCACUCCCCCCACCCCACCCCAAAAAAUCUUCCUCCAGCCCCAGUGAAGUUCACCUGUAAAUAGACAGAAGACAGAGGUGGUUUUUUUCCCCUGGAUUUUGUUUGUUUCCCAGUUGGAAAGGGUUUGUUUUAAGUUUAUAUCCCUGUUCCUGACUCCUCUGAACGUUUAUUUUAUUCCUCCUGCAUAAGGGGUGAGGAGCGUGGGAUACCCACUGGGGGUUACUGGGCCACAGCCCAAGAAAAGAGGAAGGUACCCUGGACACGUAAUUGCUUUUCUUUUGGUUAAACAGUUGGGAGGGGAGGGGGUCAAGGAUUGCAAUUGUUCCCAUUAAAAUUGAAUUAUAUAUAUAUAUAUAUUUCUCCUGGAUGAGGGAGAGAAUAGCUGGAAAGAGAGAAAGUUGAAAGAUUUUGUUUACCCCCAAAGUAUUAACACCCACCCACCCCAAUAUUUUGAGGUGGUGGAACCGGUCAGGAAAGCCCUUGCGAUUUUGCUGGUAUCGAAAUAAAAAGGGACAACUCGCCUCUGAAGUAUGUUUUCUGACUGUUUCCACUGAGAACAGGGAUUGGGUAAGAGGUUUCCAACACAGAGGGACUCAGCAGAGUUUAGGAGUGGUGAAGAAUGCAACCCUACUUUUUAAGAUUGGGAAGCUCCCCUAACCAGGACUCCGGGGGGGAGGGGAGGGGGGGCUUUCUCGGAACUCGGCUGCAAAUCCCACGUUUUAUCUGCUCCCCAUCUGACGUUAGUUCUGAUCAGUGGGGUUUUUUUUCUGGUUGGGUUUUGAUCGUGGGUUUUGGUUUUUUUGGAGGGGCUCUCCCCCACCCACCCCACCCCCAUGACGCCCUUUUUUUGUUUUAAUAUUUGCAACGGUGUACAUGGCAGAGUUUUUGAAUGUAAAUAAAAGAU